AUGGCCAAGCGCAAGGGUUCCUUCAGCGCGGAGGACAAUCAGAUUUAUGCCAGCAGCCUGCUGGAACUCGGACAGGCCGCCCAGAGCCUGGCGCUGCUGCAGCAGACGGGCCAGAUCAAGGACUUCAGCGUGCUGCUGCAGCCGGAGCUGUUUGCCAUUCCCCCGCCGGCGCCGCCACAGAAGCAGCCCUCGAACUUCGGCCUGGAGGCGGGCGCUGGCAGCAAUCCGGCGGAUCAGAAGAUCGACGAGCAGAAGCUGGAUGAGGUCACGGAGCAGCAGUUCUCGCCGGAGGACUUUCUGCCGCCCAACAGCGAGGACCCCUACGAGGAUGUCAACGACAGUGUGUCCGUCAUGGCGCCCAAGAAGGAUGCCGCCGUAGCCGAGGCCAAGCCAGUGGGCCUCUCCAUUGCUGGCGAGGGCGGCGUCGCCUCCUCCAAGCCCAAUGCCGUGGCCUUGUCCGGCAGGAAUGGCCUGGCUGUCGCCUCCCCCAAGGCCACGGCCAUUGCGGGCGUCUCGCCCGAGGAGGCCGCAGCCUUCAGCAUCUCGCUGCCCACCCGCAACCAGCUGGUGAUCAAAACCCCCAACUCGGCGGCCGAGAAGGCCAGCGAUGACUACGACUACAACGAUGGACCGCUGACCGUGGCACGCUACCCGCUGACCCGCGAGACGCCGCUCGUGCCGGUGCGCCUCUCGGGCGGGCACUCGCUGGUGGACAAGUGGCGCACAGCCAUUGCCGAGGAUUAUGCAGCGCGUCAGGCGCAGGCGCAGGCCCAGGCGCAGGCGCAGAUGAUGUCCAAGCCCAAGCGCCGCUUGCACUACGAGUAA